AUGUGUUUGGUUUUUUGGGGGGAUUACAGGGCUCUUCAUAUUGCUGUGGUGAAAGGUGAGGAGGGGUUGGUCUACAGACUCAUUCAUCUCCUCACACUGGCUCACAAAGAUCUGGACACCUACAACAACCUCAGACAGACCCCACUGCACCUGGCAGUGAUCACCCACCAGGCCAAGCUUGUCGAGGCGUUGCUGCGUGCGGGCGCUGACCACGCUGCUCUGGACCGCUGCGGUCAGACAUCGCUCCAUCUCUGCUGUGAGCACAGUCAGCAGGCCUGCCUCUCAGUUCUCCUCAGCCAGGCCCUCCAAUCCCGCUCCCCCUCACUCUGUCUGGAAAUCAGAAACUUUGAGGGGCUGACUCCUCUACACCUGGCAGUGCAGGGGGGUCACGUAGAGCUGGCCAGGCUUCUUCUGGCGGCCGGGGCCAGCAUCAAUGCUAUGGACAACAAGAGUGGUCAGAGUCCUCUCAUGCAUGCUGUGGAAAACCAUAAUGCUGACAUGGUCCACUUCCUUAUUGAGAAUGCCUGUGAUGUGAACAGCCAGUCGUACAGUGGGAACACAGCCCUGCACGUUGCCUGUGGCCGCGGCCAGGUGGACACGGUUCGCCUCCUGAUGAAGAACGGGGCAGACAGCAGUCUCAAAAACUACCACAACGACACUCCCGUCAUGGUGGCCAAGAAUAAACGGGUAACAGAUGUGUUGCGAGGCAAGGGCUCAAAGCUGCCCAAAACUCAAGAGCAGCAGAGUGCAUCUGCCUCGCCUCCAAGGAGCUUGCCCCACAGAUUAACCGGUUCCCUGUCACCCAACAACGGCACCCGAGGAGCACGGUCAACCACGCCCCUCCCCUCCCACCGCGGUGCUGCACAGCACCCCAGGGUUCCUUCCAUAUCUUUCGCACACAGCCAAUCAAUCGACAGCUCAUCAGGCCCCCUAUCGCCCAUGGAGAUCCCGGAGAUAGAGCCUCAGCCAGUCAGGAUGGGUUUCAACAACAUGGCCGUAGCUGACCUGCCCCAGGGAAGGGCCUAUCCUGUCCCUCUCUACCUUUCUUCUUUGAACCAUUCACUCUUGGGUGACUGUACUGUGCGGGCUCUUAUGCCAGAUCACCCAGUCUACUACCAACCUGUUGCCCAGGGUAACUACUACCCUGAGAGCUCCUUCAUCCUACUCCCUACCCAAGCAGGCUUCUGCCCUACCUCCCAAACCUCUACUGGCGAAUCACGGCCCCUCAGCUGUUGUAGUGACCAAUCAUUAGCCUCCACCCUGAGUGUUAGCAGCAGGGGCAAAGGUGACAGUUGAUAGGGAAGAUUGUGCUUUCACUGUCCUGCUGCAGUUAACGUAGUUGUUUCAAUGUUGAAUGAUUGAAAGGGUGACCUGAUAGGGUGUGCACUGUAGUGGGUGAACAGAAUGUUCAGAGCAUUUUCUAGAAGGAAGAUGUUGCCAUGAACCCCCACAAUACAACGAAAGUUGUGCUGUUAUCAAUCGGAUCAAUGCGAUUGAUUAAGGACAAACAUGUCGGUGUCAGAGGUUUACAAAUAGCUGCAUUAAUGCUGGUUGUGAGACUAUUUUAAAAAUCUUUCUGCAUGACUCAUUGCACAGUUCACUCUAUGUGUGUGUGGGUGUGCAUUUGUGUGUGUGUAUGUGUGUGGACUGCAUGUCUGUAGCUAAAUCUGUAUUGUUCACGGAUUCCCUGACAAGUGAAUUUAUGACAGUUUUUAUAACUUUUUUGUCUGAAACCAUGUAAUUUUUACGAGUUUUUCAUUUAAUGAUGUGAAAUAAAUAUUUUUCUACA